CUUCCCCUUUUUUUCCAUGAGGGCUGUGUCAGAGCUUAGGCUCUUGUUGCUUGCUCGGUUCUACUGUCUUGGCCUCAAGCCUGGCUCGAGUGUGGUCAACCCUGGCUGCUGUCACUGAACCUCUUCUUGCUCAGCCCAUGAGUUUCUCAUGCAAGCCUCUUGCAGUUGCUCCCAGGGCUUUUUGACUUAAGAACUUCUGUGUCUGGAGGCUUCCUCAGAGUUUCUAAGCUGAAUUGAUGCUGCAUCAGUUCUUGGCCUCACAGAUCCCAGGCUCUGCUACAUGCUGGAUGGACUCCUCUUCAUUUACGCAGUGGUGAUGACAGCCCUUUUUGUGAAGGCGAAGCUCAGCCAGGCCUCUGAGCCACAGCUGCAACCAGGCCAGGAUGACGUGUACAAUAAACUCUCCCGCACGCACAGAGACGAUUACGAUGUUCUGGGAGGAAAGCGAGGAGCAGACCCCGAGCUGGGCGGGAGACACCAGCAGAGGAGAAAGAAUCCUCAGGACACUGUCUACACUUCACUGCAGAAGGACAAGAUGGGUGAGGCGUACAGUGAGAUUGGAAUGAAGGGAGAGCAGCAGAGGCGGCGAGGCAAAGGGAACGAAGGUCUCUACCAGGGGCUCAGUGCAGCAACCAAGGACACUUAUGACGCUCUCCAAAUGCAGCCUUUGCCGCCCCGCUAAGUGGGAGCCUCAGAGGGGAUGGGCCAGAGUGAGAGAUGCCCACCUGUUCUGGGGAGGAGAGGGGGAAAAGCCUUUUUCAUCCAACACGAGCACCGUGUGUUUUCUGCGUUGCAACGACCUCCUUGGGCUGGUGCAUGGAAUCUGGACCUGGCCCUUUCCUUCUCCCUCUCCUCCUGGAUCAUGUAACUGCUUCUGCUACUAGAAUGUACAUAUCUGUAAAGUUGUUUCCAAUUAUAGUGGGUAUUAGGCUGAUUUUGGGGGUUUUUUUUGCUAAGGUUUGUGUUGUGGGACCAGACCACACCUUCUAACCAGCACAGCUAUUUCCACAGCUCUUCCUCAUCUUCCAGAGUAUUAUGAUAUGGAAUUAUGGCUUUAGUGCAUUUGAACAAUUUGUAAAGAUAGGGCUGUAUUUACUUCCUGUAGUAUUUAUCUUAAGACUAUUUCACCAUUUUUGCUUUAAAUUUGCCUUUAAAAAACUGCUUCAGUGGAGGGCAACUUUUUUUUCUUUAAUUAUAAAGAGUGACAAGAUGUUACAGUGGUGAAGCAGAAAGGCUGAAUGCCAGCUUUCCAGUAGGAAGAAAAUGAGCACCACCAUCCCAAAAAAGAUCAAGGAAUGGCACUGCCACUCAUCCAUAAAUACGAGCCAGGUUAAGCCGAGUGAGAGACUUCUCUGAAGGCAGAAAAACAAAGAAAACAAGGAGCUGGCUUCCCCUAUUAUCACUUGCAGACAAAACACACUGUACAAAACCCAACACAAAUGCAGUUUCCAAACCAGUCUCUCAUGAGGCUGCCUCUCCAAGGUGUAGGUAUCGUUCCAAAGAGGUCCCAGUUCAGUGGUGUCACGUGUUUUUGAUGAGUUAAUAAAAGUGUGUCAUGGUCCCGUGCGUGUGUGGGAAUGGCACGAGCUCCUUACCUCUGAGGCAUUCAGGCCCUCUGAACCAGCCUGAGCCCAGCAGCACCAUCUCCCAGGGAAGCUGAGGAGGACAGGAUUCCAACAGGAUCUCCUAUACCCAUCCCAGAAGCUGGGAUGGGCUGCUGGGGACUGCCCCAAACCCCGGUAUCAAAGGGACGCUCACCUCCUGCCGCCGCAGCCUCAGUUUUGCCUGUGUGCCUCGCAACGAAGCCCGAAGGAAUUCAGCAGGGGCAAACCCAGCCCAGCAAAAUCAGGGAUGUUUCACCUCGACUCAGGAGCUGACCAGGCCAUCUCAGCAGUCCUCAGAGAAGAAGGAGAGCUAAGGCAAGGCUGUGGGAACAAGAGCUGCUGCUCUGGGCGCUGCCCAGAUGAGGUUAUGUCUUCUUUCUGGGGACUGGGUGGGUUAGCAGCAGAAAAACUCAUUGAAAUGGGUGCUAUGCAAGUUCAAAGACAGUUUUACUUCUUUAGCAGUAAAACUGUACCUGAAGUAGGAGCUUGUAGCU